AUCUGACAGGAGUACGUCUCUGAGCUGCAUAGUUGCGAAACACGUUGUUUCUCCAAAGAUACUUGCUUACUUAUUUAACUUUUUAAAAAUGAACAGUAUUAUUAGAUCUACGGCUCGUUGUCUCCGGGCGGGGAAUACGCUUUAUCGAAGUAAUCAAGUUAAUGGGCACUUAUCGUUUGUCUCAGUCCGACUGUGUUCGUCAGAUGCAAUUCAGAAGAACCUUGGCGAGAUGGUUAAGAAGGACAAAGUUGUUGUGUUUAUGAAAGGGACUCCGGCCCAGCCGAUGUGUGGCUUCAGUAACGCCGUGGUUCAGAUUCUGAGGAUGCAUGGCGUAGACGAAUAUACCUCAUACAACGUCUUGGAGGACCAGGAUAUCAGACAAGGAGUGAAGACCUUCUCCAACUGGCCGACGAUUCCACAGGUGUUCUUUAACGGCGAGUUUGUGGGCGGAUGCGACAUUCUCCUGCAGAUGCAUCAGAACGGAGACCUGGUGGACGAGCUUCAGAAGCUGGGCAUUCGUUCCGCUCUCCUGGACGCCGAGAAGGAGUCCAAAUAAAGCCGACGAACAACUUGACCAGUGUGACAGUUAAAGUUAUCACGGCUGAUUGGCCCGUAUGUGAGACUGACUGGCCUGUUAGAAUUCUGAUUGGUCAGUCAGGACUCAGGGGUGGGACGUGGUGGGCUGUCUGUUUAUGUGUCUGUGCUGGGUUGGGGGGCAUAAUUUUGAAUCUAUGUAGUGAUGCUGUUGAUUCUUAGGGGGCCCAUUGCUGAACCAUCCUGGGGUGUAACAUCUCUGUUGGCUUAAGUUACAGCAGCGUGCGUAGUUUUACAGGUUCAAUCACCCAUGAGAGCUUUAACAUUGAAUCACACCAAUUGCACAUCUCACAUUUAGUCAUGUGACAGCCUGCUGAUUGACAACAUUGUCCCCAAAACGACAUGAACACAUUCAUAUUCCAGAUCACAAUCUCCCUCAUGUUGACACUCAAGAAUAUAUUGCAUAUACCACACAAAAAUUACUUUUACUGUCUGUUGUUUUCUGACAUGUCUCUGUACAACCAUGCCUAUGUAAGUAAAUUGUAUAUCUGAAAGAAUAUUAUUAAAUGUAUUAUUUUAGACGCCUGUCAAAACUUUUGUCAAUAAAACGUUUUAAACUA